GAGCUCAUCGCUGAGGCUCCGCUCAACGCACUCCGCCAUUUUGUAAGCGCUUUAAGAAAACUCAGCCAAGCAACAAAGUUGCGGAUCAGAGCUGCUGUUCCUCGGUGUGCAAUGGACGGCCGCCUAGAGACUGAAUUGUAUCCUAUGGGAUCAACUUACGCAGAAUUAGACGUCGUUCACGAUAUUGCAGUUGGCACAAAGAGAGGAUCUGACGAGCUGUUUUCCUGUGUUUCCAGCGGGCCCUAUAUCAUGAGCUCAGCAGCCAACGGCAACGACAGCAAGAAGUUUAAAGGCGACAUCAGAAGUCCUGGCGCCCCGUCCAGAGUUAUACAUGUCCGCAAGCUGCCCAAUGACAUCAACGAAGCGGAAGUCAUCUCCCUUGGCCUUCCUUUUGGCAAAGUCACCAAUCUGCUCAUGCUGAAGGGAAAGAACCAGGCUUUCUUGGAAAUGAACACUGAAGAAGCAGCCCAGACGAUGGUUACGUACUACUCCUCUGUAACACCCGUCAUCAGAAAUCAUCCCAUCUUCAUGCAGUACUCAAACCACAAAGAGCUAAAAACAGACAACUCACCGAACCAAGUGAGGGCGCAGGCAGCACUGCAGGCAGUGAAUGCUGUCCAGACAGGUAGCAUGACUCUAGGUCCCGUUGACCCAUCUGGUUUGACCGGCCCCAGCCCUGUUCUGAGGGUCAUCGUUGAAAACCUCUUCUACCCCGUGACCCUAGAUGUCCUGCACCAGAUCUUCUCGAAAUUUGGCACCGUGCUGAAAGUGAUCACUUUCACAAAAAACAACCAGUUUCAGGCUCUCCUCCAGUUUGCUGAUGGCCUGACGGCACAACAUGCCAAGCUGGCCCUAGAUGGACAGAACAUCUACAAUGGCUGCUGUACUCUGCGCAUCAGCUUUUCCAAGCUUACCAGCUUAAAUGUCAAAUAUAAUAACGACAAGAGUCGUGACUACACCCGUCCGGACCUGCCAACUGGGGACAGCCAACCGGCUCUUGAACAUCACGCUGUGGCAGCUGCUUUCGCUACUCCCGGGAUCAUCUCCGCUGCUCCAUACGCCGGAGCGCACGCCUUCCCUCCGGCUUUUGCUAUCCAGCAGGCUGCAGGGUUGGCAAUACCUGGGGUUCCCGGAGCCCUCGCCUCGCUAACCAUUCCCGGGGCAGCGGCGGCCGCUGCGGCCGCGAGCAGGCUGGGCUUUCCUGUCCUUCCCGGCACACACUGCGUCAUGCUGGUCAGCAACCUGAACCCUGAGAGAGUUACGCCCCACUGCCUCUUUAUUCUCUUCGGUGUAUAUGGGGAUGUACUGAGAGUGAAAAUCAUGUUUAAUAAGAAGGAGAACGCUCUCAUACAGAUGUCUGAUGGGACACACACAGGCUUAGCAAUGAGCCAUCUCAAUGGGCAGAAGUUGUACGGCAGGCCCCUGCGCAUCACGCUGUCCAAACACACGACUGUCCAGAUGCCACGUGAGGGACACGAGGACCAGGGUCUCACCAAAGACUACAGCAACUCUCCUCUCCACCGCUUCAAGAAGCCAGGCUCUAAAAACUACUCCAACAUCUUUCCUCCCUCAUCUACCCUGCACCUGUCUAACAUCCCACCCUCAGUUGUUGAAGAUGACCUCAAGAUGCUCUUUGCUAGCAAUGGUGCUCUUGUCAAGAACUUCAAGUUCUUUCAGAAGGAUCGCAAGAUGGCUCUGAUUCAGAUGGGUUCAGUGGAGGAAGCAAUCGAGUCCCUCAUCCAGUUCCACAAUCAUGAUCUCGGAGAAAACCACCAUCUUAGGGUUUCUUUCUCCAAGUCCAUCAUUUGAGAGAAAUACAGUCUAGAAAGAGCUGGAGUGGCCAGUCAUUUGAAACCUUAACGAGUCUUAAUCACAAAGCCCACUUCCAUCAUUCCAUUAUUUUAUUUAAGAGGCAUUUUUAGUGUAUAUUUACACACGCGCAUAAAUAUAAUUUUCUCAAGGUUUUAGAAAAGCUAUAUUAUUAGUCAGACCCGAAAACGUAAACUUAAAUGAACCGUAUUCAUCACUCCGUCUGUGACUUACAACCUAUUUCAGGCUUCUAAAAAGCAGAGAUGAACCACUACAGGCCUUUGAUUCCAUUCGUACCAUUUGUGCCUUACUGCUUCAGAUCUCCAGAACCUCAUCUGCAACUAAUGUUUGCAAUUCUGUAGUUUACAGUCCAUUUCGUGCCCUCAGGGCCAGAAAUUCAUGUUCCUGCGAGACAUGGGUUAUUUCAUCAGGCUGAUGGUACAGGCCUAAAACUCUGCAUUAAGUAUCUCCCUGUAGGGUUGUACUCAUCAUAUUCUUUAGCUUUAGCAUUUAUACUGUAUCUUUAGACAUAGAAUGUUUACAUGCAUUUUCCUCCUUCAAAUUUAUGCAAUCGUUUGUGUAUAAAUCCAGUAGCGUUGUCUAGAUUUGUAUUGUUUUUAUACUGUGGGCCAUUGCAUGUUGGCUGUGGUCAUCCGAUCAUUGAAUGCUGUCUAUUUACUGUUUGUCCUGUAUUUUGCUUAGAUGUCUAGCGUCGGGCUGCUUGUUAUUGUGUGAUUAUAGUAGCUUAUUUAAGCUUGUUCUACUUAAAUGCCCCAUGUAUUUUAUGUAUUCAUGUACCUGUGUGUACACUACAGCUUGAUACCAAAGCCUUUUCUCCAUGUACCUUCGUAAGGGACAUCCUGACACCUUUUAGCCUCACGACAAACGGCGUGUACAAACAGGUCCUCUCAGAGGGGCUUACGCCCGCUUUUCUGUAGAGAAUGGUGUGAUGGAAACAGUUCAGGUGAAUUGGGACAGCCGCCAGAUAUGACUGAUAAUCAGCACACCUGCUGAAUUGCGCACGUCACAAAGCCAAGUCUUAACUGAUGGCCUUUAGUGACCUCUGUAAAAAGAGCUGGGCUUUUAUUUUCUCCCCUCAAAAAAAUUUUAACUGACAAAGUGCCUUUUUUUUUUUUUUUUUUUUUUUUUUUUUUAAAUAUAAUGUCUUUGUUGACUGAGAGCAUUCCAUCCUUGUGACAUUCAGCUUCAUUAGCUCUCAAAAGGGUUUUACAAAGGCCUGAGGAUGGCUUAAGUUUAUCAUUCGGACCAGAUUUACUGAAAAUUUGUUUUUUUUUGUUUAUAUCGUAUUCUCUGCAAUGUUUCAUAGUGGGUUAUUUUACUAUUAUAACUUUACAUUAGGUUCUGUGUGUGAUGUUUUCCCCUUUGUUACACAUUUUACUAUUUGAGUGGGACCAAUCUAAAAAAGAAGAAAAAAAAAAAAAAAAACAGAUGGCGCUUUGAAGAAAUCCAAAUGCUCCUUGGAUGUAGUCUCUUGUUGAUUCUUUACAGUGGCUGGAUUAAACCCGAUUAUGCAUCCUUGCACAACAUUAAAACCCUCAAUAUACAACAUCUGCCUUAGAUUAUAAAGUGCUUUUUCUUAUAGUGGACAGAUGAGGUGUAAAUACUAUUUUUGUAUCACAAUGUUAAAAGUUAUGGGUUUUUAUAUCCGUUAAAACAUGUAUAUUUUGAUUACAGCUAUGGACCAUCAUCAUGCAAAAAUAUAGUUCAAUAUAAAAUGGCUAAAAUCAGGAUUACGCUGUUUUGAGUCUUUGUCUUGUUCUAAAUGACAUUCCUAGUUGUACUUUUUGCCUUCAAUAAAUAUUUGUUUACUCAA